AUGGAGGCCGAUUUCCCUAGGUCCGUGUCAGAGGCACAAGAUCAUAUCCGUCAAAUCCGUCGCGAGAAGGGUCUCGGCGAUGGCCCUGACCAGAUUGGCAACAACGGAGCUGAUCUCGAAUCAGCCUUGAAAAUCAUCUCCCAUGACCUCUAUCAAACGUCGACACACUUCCUCUUGGAGCUGAUCCAAAACGCCGACGAUAACUCGUACACGGUUGAAACACCGACCAUGUCCAUCUCAUAUUCACCCGGAAAACUCAGAAUCGACUGCAACGAGCGCGGAUUCUCUAAGCAGAACAUUGAGGCCAUCUGCCGCAUCGGCAAGAGCACCAAGGGCGGCGAAAGCAAGUCAGAGGGGUUCAUCGGCGAAAAGGGAAUUGGUUUCAAGGCCGUAUUCAAGGUCGCGUCCACCGUCUGGAUCUCGUCUGGCUACUACUCGUUCCGCUUUGAUCGCGAUGGCCACCUUGGAAUGAUUGCGCCUAUUACGUGCCCCUUCCCCGAACAGCCCAAGCAGGAAUGUACUUCGAUUCUGCUCAAGCUGGACAAGGACUGUGACGAGGGACUCAUUGUCGAGGAGAUGAAAUCGUGUGACGAGAAGAUUUUGCUCUUUCUGCGGAGACUUCGGAAGCUCGAGAUUAACAUCCAUCCAGGGGCCGAGAACAGACUCUUCAAAAGAACUUUCACUCGUGGUGCUCAGCCGGCUGAGAACCCAUCCAUGAUGACGCUCAUGAACAAUGGAGUAGAGAAACACUACUUUGUUUGGCGACACACAGCCAAAAACCUCCCUUCUGAGGCUCGUCGUCCAGGGAUCACCACGUCCGAGAUUGUUCUCGCAUUUCCCAACACUGGCGUCAAUAAAGAUGCACCUGUACUCCCCGUCAUCGAGCCUCAAAACGUCUAUUCUUUUCUGCCUAUCCGAAACUACGGAUUCUCUUUUCUUCUGCAAGCAGACUUCCUUCUCCCGGCAAAUCGAGAGGACGUGCACGUUGAUUCAAACUGGAAUAUACAUUUAAGAACCGAGGCUCGGAAAGCCUUCAUGGAAGCCAUGUGUCACAUAGAUAAUCUGGACAACUCUCUACGACACAGCUGGGUUCGCUACGCGCCCAUCACCCCCUCGCAAAGCGAAUUCUUUGAGGAAUUAAGAUGGGGUAUUUCAGUUAAUUUGGAAACCACAUUCACGCUGGAGUCCAUGGUUGGUUACAAGAGAAGGCCGCGUGAUCUCAUCAUGGUCUCCGAGGACUGGAGAGAUGACGAUGGCCGCCCGUUGAUGAUGGACACGGACAACGAAGACGAAUUUCUUGCCGCAAAGUACCACGACCCCGGAAAUAAGAAAUAUCUACUCAAGUCGGGUGUCAGCGUCAUGAGUGACGAAGUCUUUGGUGAUCAGCUGAUCAGACGCCUCAAAAGGCACCCACAGUGGUUCCUGGAGAGGAAAUCCCACGCGUGGCAUUCCAGUCUUGCACGUAUCAUAUGCCAGAUGUAUACAUCCUCGGCAUGGUAUUUCAUCUCGCCGAUAUCUAAUCUUCCAAUUCUCCCGCUGAGAGGGGGAGAGUGGGUUCCCCCGCAGUCGUACGGUCAACAGGUUUACCUCCCAAGCAGUUCUGGGUUAGUCAUACCUGAAGGUAUCACGGUACUGAUGGUGAACGACAAAGCCGCUGCUGAUCCUGACCGGCGGAAGCUUUACCAACUGCUUGAUGUCCCAGUGCUCACGAAUGACCGCAUCAAGAAGGCAAUAGUCAACACACACGACGGCAGAAAAUUCAACCCUAACAAACUCACCCCGGCGGUGCUUGUAUCGCACGCUGAGUUCAUACACAAUAAUGGUGGCUGGGAGACGAGUCUAAGUGAUCAUCUGUGGGUGGCGACAUACUUGGGCCGUUGCCGCAAAGGAAAUAACACGUAUCGGCCUGACGAUGAUGACCCGUAUUCCGCCAGUCGCACGCUACCAAAGGACACCAAGCAGACGUACGGGUUUCUACAACCAGCUUAUCUUGAGGCGGGACGAUCACAAAAUAGCGCCUGGAUCAAGUUCCUCUACAGCAGUCUCGGUAUCUGGGUCAUCCCCCGAAUUGGUGACUUGAAGCUAGUUAUUGAGCAGUACCCGAGUCAAAGAUGGCUUGUCAUGCUCAGAGAUCGGUUGCAAGUCUACGAAGAUUGUGUCGGAAGUAAGAAGUUAGCUGAGGCUAUCGGUUCCGCCCGGGUCAUGUGCACAGGAAGCAUUACAAAGGAACAGAUCCGGCAUAUCUACGCCCCCCUUGACCACCUCACGAAGGACUUUGGGCCCGUGGCGCCGUUUAUCGACAUUCCCGAGCCGGAGGAUCCCAGGUGGAAGCCGUUGUUGAAGCUCAUAGGGGUGAAGGUGGAGGCCGAUUUUGACUUCUACCUCGCCUCCUUGAGACAUGCAAAGAACACAGGUAAUGGCAGCGUGGAGUUGAUUCGACGUUUGAUGCACGAACUUGAAGAAUGCGGCAACUCAUCUAGCCUAGUUAACCCCUUUCGGAAGGACAAGCUGAUCCUAGUCCCACCCAAGACAGAGGGUGGCGAGCGAAGAUGGGUAUCCCAAGACGAGUGCUUCUGGCGAGGAGAGUCCUGGCUCACUCAGUCCGUCGGCCUCGAGAGGCUUUAUCCCGAUCUCGAGACCUUCCGCAACCAUCUCAAUGUGAGGAACGCCGGCGUUGAUCACCUGAUCAAGGAAGCAGCCGCAGUUUCAACACUGCCUCAGCUAGCUUUGCCUCGCAUCCAACGACUGUUCCUGGCUCUGGAAUAUCACGUCGAAGCCCACGGUCUGAGCGAAGACCAGAAGAAGGCGCUUCUAAGUACCAAGAUGUUUCCCAUCACCAACACUGCUACGGAUGAAACCUACGAGCACUUGCGCUCUGCCACAGCCAACGACCAUUGGUUGAUUGCCGACCGAAGCUACUUCAGGGAACCGUUCCAGUCGCUCAUUCCCGUCCUUGCGUUCGGAGCCGAGUUCAUUUUGAAGAUCAUGCACCUGCUGGUGAAGUUGGGCUUGAGAAACAGGUUUCUCAGCGAUCUAGCUGUGAGCACCACUGAGGCACACGGGAGCACGCAUCUUGACGAGGAUCUUUCCCAUAGCUACAGGUCUCGCAGCAAGUAUUUCUUCAGACUCAUGGGAGAAGGUGUAGAUAAUAAGCAGGAGUUACGCUCCUGUUUCGGCCAAGUCCAGGUCUUCACCUCAGAUAGAGUAGUGCAGAGCUGGCGAGCAACUCUCAACAUGAAACAGGUUGACAGCUCCUUCUCCGAGGGCACAGCCUUCCUGGAGUGCGACUAUGCUGGGGAUCUUCGCAUGUAUCUGCGCUCGGGGUACGAGAAGGAGGCGCAUCCUUGUGAGCUGGCGGAGCAGCUGAGGAAUUUCUUCAACAUAUCUAUCGAGCAUAGGGAUCUCGCCCUGAUGGCGCUCAACGACAGAGAAGAGAGGCUCGAUCGCAUAUUCCAAGAAAGGGGCAUUGCUCCGUUGCAGGAAGACUCCCUUGAGUCGGGCGAGCUUUACGGCGAAGAAGGCGAGUACCGGCCCGUCCAAAAUCCAGCACCGAGCAGGAAGAGUCGCCUUGGACUCGCCGAUGGCUCAAGGUUCAACCGCCUGCUCAGCCACACCAGAUUCAGCCCAUCAUUCUUCAAGCAGGUCGAGAACGCAAUAGAGCUUCGAACAUUUGCUGGCGCCAUGACCUUACCCUCGGUGAAGGGGGCGUUCAGAGAUCUGGAGUUCACUCAGAAGACCGGUGCGGUGAUUGGCACUCCUACCGGGCCGCCCCGGAUGCUAGAUCGUGUAUUUGGACUCGCAAAGCGUGAUUCUGAGGUUGGAGAGGCCAUUGUAUCCGAUAUCCUAUCGAUCGUACUAGCUUCACAAUAUAAUCGCGACAAAAUGUGGACACCUAAGGGCUCGAGGGGCAGCGACCGCGCAGCUUUCAACUUCACGGACUCGACAGGUAGAUUCAGCGCUUUCCUUAUGCGGCUCGAUGGAAUGCCCGGGAAGGCGAAGGGGUAUACGCGAAUGACAUACCAUCUCGAUGUCAAGGUCACGGACUCGGGGGGGUUCAAGAUUACUCAAGACGAGCUUGACAGAGCUCGCAAGAACUCGGUCCACAGCGAACCCCAUCCCGACGAAGCCGCCCCAUCCAAAGACGUCUCAGUCCUGGUGCACAUCUCGGAUGUCCGCAAGGAACCAAAGAUCCAGUUCCUCACCGACCCGUGGGACCUGUUCGAAGACGGCCAGCUGAUUCUAGAGAAUGCUCGAAGCUACCAGGCCAGGCUCGAGCUGCGGUCACGCCAGAACACCAAGGAGGCGACCAGCGCCGAGGUUGGGUUCGACGCGGUGCAAUUUAGGGCGAGGGCGGAACCAGUGAGAGGGGAUCCAAGUCCAGAGUAUGGGGACCCUAGUCCGGAGUAUCAGGAGGAGAAGGGGAACGAUAAAAAGAAAGGAGAUGCUUGA